CCGUCCCCACCCCUCCCUCCAGAGCUGGUGAAGGCAGGGGUCACCUGGUUGUGUCUGACCUGGCAGAGACCCUCCACUUCCCCCAAGGAGGACGACAUCUUCUACAGCCUGGAGAUGGACGAGGACGAGGGUUAUGGCUUCCAACCCAGCUAUGAUGGCGAUGAGCUGUCCUGCACUGUCAAGAACCUGCACAGGAGCACCAAGUACAAGUUCAGGGUGGCGGCCUACAACACUGAGGGGAAGAGUAACCCCAGUCAGGUGGCAGAGUUCACUACCUGUCCAGACAGACCAGGAGGACCAUGUAGACCCGUCAUCAGAGGCAGGGUGCUGCCCAACUCCUUCAGACUGGCAUGGGAACCUCCGAAAGAUGAUGGAGGGGCAGAAGUGACCAAAUACGUGGUGGAGAUAUCUGAGGGACUAAGCGGCGUGUCAUGGGAGCUGGCGUACAGUGGUCCAGCCAUGGAACAUGUGUGUGAGGGGCUGAAGCCAGGCCACUCCUACCAGACCAGAGUUUACUGCAUGAGUGAGGGGGGGCAAAGCCCACUGUCAGAGACUCUGCAGGUCCAGACUCCCGCGGUGCCCCCAGGGCAGUGCCAGCCGCCCCGCGUGGUGGGCAAGCCCAAGGCCAGAGAGGUGCAGCUGCGCUGGGGUGAGACCGCCGUGUGUGGGGGCGGCAGCCCGGUGUCGGUCUAUAGUGUGGAGGUGUGUGGCUCUGGUCCUCAGGGGUCAACAGGUCAAGAGGAGGUCAGGGAGGUGUACCAGGGUUCGGAGGUCGACUGCACCGUAGGCAGUCUGCUGCCGGGACGGACGUACAGCUUCCGCCUGCGGGCCGCCAACAAGGCUGGGUACGGACCCCUGUCAGAGCAUUGUGAGGUGACCAUGGGCCCCGGGGCUCCGGAACCCUGUAAGGCCCCUCGAAUCACCUGCAAGUCCCCUACUGUGGCUGUGGUCAGCUGGGAGACUCCAGCCUGUAACGGGGCGGUAGUCUCAGAGUACCGUGUGGAGUGGGGGGCGGCGGAGGGCACUAUGCAGGUGUGUUACAGCGGCGCCAGCCUCACCCACGAGGUCAAGGGACUGCUGCCCGCCACCAACUACUUCUGCCGGGUUCAGGCUGUGAACGUGGCCGGCGUGGGUCUGUUCAGUGAGGCGGUCCUCUGUCAAACUCCUCCUUCUGUACCUGCGGCUGUCAGCAGUGUCCAUGCCCUCAAAGAGGCGGAGCUACGGGGAUACCACACCUCCACUUCCACAGACCAGGAGGAAGAGGAGGAAGAGGAGGAGGAGGAGGUGGAUGGACCCCCCACGCCUCCUCUCUACUCCCCCUCCACUUGUCUAGCUGUUGGUUGGGAGCCGCCGUGUGACCACGGGGCGGAGAUCUCCUCCUACCUCAUAGACCUGGGAGAGAGACAGUCCAUCUCUGUAGGACCAGUCACCAAGUAUAUCAUUCAGCAUCUGCAACCGGACACCAGCUACAGGAUUCGCAUCCAGGCUCUGAACAGCCUGGGAUCAGGUCCGUUUAGCCACACCUUUAAGUUGAAGACCAAGCCUCUCCCUCCACAGCCCCCGCGGCUAGAGUGUACUGCCUUCAGUCACCAGACCCUCAGGCUGAAGUGGGGUGACGGCCCGGCCAAGGCCACGCCCUCAGACGCCCUCCAGUACCAGCUGCAGAUGGAGGACAAGAGAGGCAGGUUCGUCUCCUUGUACAGAGGGCCCUGCCACACUCACAAAGUCCAGCGGCUCAAUGAGUCUACCUCGUACAUGUUCCGCAUCCAGGCCUUCAACGAGGCGGGCCAAGGCCCCUUCUCCACUGUUUACACCUUCACCACCCCCCGCUCGCCCCCUGCUCCUAUUAAAGCGCCCCGAGUGGAGCGUGUGGAGGACAUGUCUUCAGUCUGUGAGGUGAGCUGGGAGCCCCUGCUGCCCAUGAAGGGAGACCCCAUCAUCUACACGGUGCAAAGCAUGAUGGGUAACUCUGAGUACAAACAGGUGUAUAAAGGUUCUGCCACGUCCUACCAGAUGCCCGGCCUGCAGCCCAACAGUGAGUACCGCUUCAGGGUGUGUGCCAUCCGCCAGUGCCAGGAUGCUCCAGAGCUGAGUGGUCCCUACAGCCCCACGGUGACGCUCUCCCCCCAGCGCAGUGAGCUGUCAGCGGGCAGUGUGAGCAGUGUGGGCCCCCGGGCUGGAGCUGAUCCCGCCAGGCCCUUAACAGAUGAGCAGUGGGCUGCUCUCAUCAUCAUGCUCUGUGCAGUCAUCUCCAUCCUCAUCGCUUUCAUCAUCCAGUACUUUGUUAUCAAGUGAGCUGUAUCUCCUUUCGUUCCUCUCCUCCGUCUCCUCCUUUCCUUCUCCUCCAAGCUGCAGGGUUACAGCUUUAAUUUCCCGUUGAUGUUGUAGUUUAUGUUUGUAGUUUAUUUCUGUUGUCACCUCUGGGUGAUUAUGAUUAGCAGAGGGAGGGAGUCCAGGAGGCAGGUAGGAAGUCCAGAGGAAAUGAUAUAAUGUAUUGCUAUGAUACCUUCCUGUCUUCCCCCCCUCCCUAACCUCCCUUUACAGAAGCCUCUCAAUGUUUAUCAAGACUCCGCUGUGGUUGGUUACCCUGCACAGAAUAGAGUACCACAUUAUGAGUCAUAAUACCCAUAAGACCUAGCGGUCAAACAGGGAAAUGGUUCCAAUAGUUUUUCCACCAUUCAUUUUUUUUCCACAUAGGGGAUUUUAGAAACACUUACAAUUAAGGGCUGUGUUGCGUGUAGGCUAACCCUGGCGUGACAUUUUGAUAACCGUGUAAAUCUCUUUCAGACAAGGUGACUUUUGUCAAUAUAUGUAUUUACCAUGCAAAACUUAAAUGCUAAUUAGCUGCUAAUGUGGCUAUCAUAAAGAACUACAAAUCCCAUGAUGAUCUGGACGAGACUGACGAAUCGAGGCAAAGGUAACAAUAUCUGGAUUAACUAUCUAAUGUUAGCUAAAUGUAGUAAUGAAUAAAUUGGCUAAAAAAAAAAAUGUAAAUGGACAAUUCUGACAACUGUCUUGUGCAAGUUUUAAAUUGACACAAUACCUGUUAACUAAGGUGUCAGCUAGAGA